UUAUAUGCUUUGUCGGCCUCCUCGCUCGUACCGUCAGUUUUGCUAACCGACACCUGCGACAACAAACACUUUUAUCGAGCUUUUUGUUUUGCCCGUGUUAUUAAAAUGGCUGUAGCUGAAGACCGGGCCUCCUGCUAACGCGUUUUAUUUGGAUGGACUCGGUCAUGUUGCCUCCUUCAGAGAAACUGCCCGGUUCAGGCUGAGUUUUCGGCAUGACAGGGAUGAAGAUAGACCUGGAACAAGUGCUAAUACAUAUUUUUAAAUCCUCAGAUAUCAAUCUUAUUACCUUGCUGUCAAGACUUCCAAUAGAGAUUUUCAAAUGAAAAUGGAGGAUAUGCCCCUCUCAGGCCCAGACAACACCAGGCUGGAGGCCCUGGCCCAUGACAUCUACUCUGAGCUGGUGGAAGAUGCCUGUUUGGGCCUGUGUUUUGAGGUGCAUCGAGCUGUUAAACAGGGCUAUUUCUUCUUGGAUGAAACGGACCAAGAGAGCAUGAAGGAGUUUGAAAUUGUGGAUCAACCAGGAGUGGACAUAUUUGGGCAGGUGUACAAUCAGUGGAAGAACAAAGAGUGUGAGUGUCCCAACUGUAAAAGAUUAAUAGCAGCUUCUCGCUUUGCUCCACAUUUGGAGAAAUGCCUUGGCAUGGGACGCAACAGCAGCCGCAUCGCCAACCGCAGGCUAGCCAGCAGUAAUAAUAUGAGCAAAUCAGAGAGUGAUCAGGAAGACAAUGAUGACCUUAAUGAUAAUGACUGGUCGUAUGGGGCUGAAAAAAAAACCAAGAAGAGAAAGUCAGAUAAGAGUCAAAAUUCCCCAAGAAGAUCCAAAUCCCUGAAACAUAAAAACGGUGAGCUUGGAAGUGGCGUCGGUGCCGAAUCUUACAAGUACAACUAUAAUACUGGCAUCAAUUAUGAAACCUUGGGCCCCGAUGAAGUCAGAUCCCUUCUAACGACGCAAUGCGGGGUGAUAUCUGAGCACACAAAGAAGAUGUGUACCAGGUCUCAGCGAUGUCCCCAACACACGGACGAACAGAGGAGGGCCGUCAGGUUGUUCCUCCUGGGGCCGUCCGCGCCAACGCUGCCUGAUGCAGAUGCUGUGGAGACUGACAGCUUUGACAUUCCAGAUGCACAACCCUUAAUGAGCCGCCUGCAGUGGGAGGACUCUGAUAUUUCACCUACUGAUUCUGCUUCAUCUAAAGCCAGCACCAACCAUUCAGAUUCUCGGAAGCCCAAGAAAAAGAAGAAGCCAUCUCUUCCAUUGAACAGUGGAGGAGGAGGAAGUGGGAGUGGAAGCCUGGCUGGAGGCGGCGGCAGCAGCUCUCAGAGUAAUAUCAGUAUAUCGACCAAAAAAAAGAGGCCCAAACUCUCAGCACCUCCUAUUUCAAGUAUCUAUGAUGAUUUAAACUAGCAUAAGCCAAUUUGUCAGACCAGCCCUCGCCUCCUCUUAUUAAGUCCCUUCUUUCACACCAAGCUUUAAAGGUCUGAGCUGAAUGGGAUGAAACUUGACUUAGAAGUUCCUUAGUAAAUCAUUUGGCCUUGAUAACUGAGGCAUCUACAUUUAAAGAUUUGUCCUUCCUAAAUUACGAACACAGAGUUUAAGAAUUGCGGUCAGAGUCCAGUCAGAGUAUCUGCAGUAAUGGAUCGGCUCACUUCCAGUGUAAAACAGAAUUUACUUCUGCUAUACACGUAAUUUACGACAUAUAUUUGUCUUCAGCUGAUAUCGAGGAGGACUUGAUGCAUUCGGUUGACGCUUUUUGUGGCUGUUUCAAUGAGGAGCUUCCACACGACACUGCAGAAAACUUUCCAGCCAAUUAAAGAAAAUUGUAAAGUAGUAAAAGUAGAUUAUUUGAACCAAAACAUAAUUUUAUGCAGAUAUAGAAAUAAAGAACAUGCUACCCAUGUUGCAUGUCAUCCUCGCUCUUGCAGCCGAUCCUUUGAAAUAAAGGCAAAAAAAAGCUUAGAAAUAAAUCUUUGAAAAAAAAUGAACCACUUGUGUGUAAAUGAUAUCUCCUGUGCUCUAAAUUUUAUUUUACGGAGGGCCUUGAUGUUACAAAAGACAUCAAUAAUGAGACCACCCGGAUUCAUACAAAGCACUGCAAUGUCCUGGAACUGAAAAAAACUUUUCGGACCACAAGCUGGUAGUGAAAGUUGAGAUUUAAGUUCUACUUAAAUUGAAAGGCCUUAAAUUCUAAAACCUUCAGAUACUCUGUCGUUGGUGAGCCUGUGACCGGCCCCUCUUCUUGGACUUUGUGUUCAGACUCGGUCGUAAGGACACGUUCAACACUUGACACACAUAUACUGGAGUACUCAUCGGUGGCUUUUUAAUUCUAGCAUUGUAUUGCACAGUCGUGCGUGUGUGUGUGUGUGUGUUUGUGUGUCUGUAUGAUGAUUUGCAUUUAGCGUGAAUGUCAAUUUUUGUGUGCGUGCGUGCCUGUGUGUAAGUGUACGUGCGGUUGAUGUGUGUGUAAUCAUUCUUUUCACAAAACUAUGCAUCCUAGAAUGUGACUCUUGUGAAAGUAUGUGUGUCAUUUGGAAUAUUUAACUCGUUUACAUUAACGGUAUAUUUAAGUUUGUAUUUGUCACUGCCUUUGUGGUGAUGUGCAUAUUACUUGUGUGUAAAUGCAGAAUUUUGAUAUUUGAUGAGCCAGUAGGCUUUUGGGGCACAUGUACAGUACAUGUAUGUUUGACAUAAAUCAUGAAUUCAA